AUGUCUACUCCAUUCCCACAAACUUCUGAUAAAUUAAAGGGUGUUGAAAUUUUGGCUCCAAUUCCUGCUGAUGCUAAACAUAUUUUCAAUGCUGAAGCCCUUGGAUUAGUUGCUACUUUACAUCGUGCUUUCCAAGGUACUAGAAAACAAUUAUUGGCUAAUAGAAAAGAACAGCAAGCUUUAAGAGAUGGUGGUUAUUUACCAGAUUUCUUACCAGAAACUGAAUAUAUCAGAAAUGAUGCAACUUGGACCGGUCCACCUUUGGCUAAAGGUUUAGAGGAUCGUAGGGUUGAAAUUACUGGUCCAACCGAUCGUAAGAUGGUUAUCAAUGCUUUGAAUUCUCAAGUUGCCACUUAUAUGGCUGAUUUUGAAGAUUCCUUGACUCCUGCUUGGGCUAAUUUGGUUGAUGGUCAAGUUAAUUUAUAUGAUGGGGUUCGUAGAAACUUAAACUUUAAAUCAAAUGGUAAAGAUUAUAAAUUAAACUUGGAUCCCAAAAGACACAUUCCAACCUUGAUUGUUAGACCAAGAGGUUGGCACUUAGAUGAAAAACACGUUUUGGUUGAUGGUGAAGCCGUUUCUGGUGGUAUUUUUGAUUUUGCCAUUUAUUUUUACAAUAACGCCAAAGAAAGUGUCAAACAAGGUUUUGGUCCUUAUUUCUACUUACCUAAAAUGGAACACCAUUUAGAAGCUAAAUUAUGGAAUGAUAUUUUUAAUUAUUCUCAAGAUUAUAUUGGUUUACCAAGAGGUACCAUUAGAGGUUCUGUUUUGAUUGAAACCUUACCUGCUGCUUUCCAAAUGGAUGAAAUUAUUUAUCAAUUAAGACAACAUAUUGGUGGGUUAAAUUGUGGUAGAUGGGAUUAUAUCUUUUCUUACAUUAAAUCUUUAAGAAAUCAUCCAGAAUUUAUUUUACCUGAUAGAUCUCAAGUUACCAUGUCGGCUCCAUUCAUGGCUUCUUAUGUUAAUUUAUUGGUUCACACUUGUCAUAAAAGACAAGUUCAUGCCUUGGGUGGUAUGGCUGCUCAAAUUCCAAUUAAAAAUGAUGAAGCUAGAAAUAAAGCUGUUUUGGAAAAUGUUUAUAAAGAUAAAUUAAGAGAAGUCACUGCUGGUUGUGAUUCUUGUUGGGUUGCUCAUCCUGGUUUGGUUCCAAUUGUUUUGAAGGUUUUCAAUGAACACAUGAAGGGUCCAAAUCAAAUUAAUGUUCCUCCAAGAACUCCUUAUAAACCAGUUACUGCAAGAGAUUUAUUAAGUCCUUAUGUUCCAAAUGCUAAAGUCACCGAACAAGGUAUUAGAGCUAAUAUCAUUAUUGGUUUAUCCUAUAUUGAAGCUUGGUUACGUAACAUUGGUUGUGUUCCAAUUAAUUACUUGAUGGAAGAUGCUGCCACUGCUGAAGUUUCAAGAACUCAAAUUUGGCAAUGGGUUACUCAUGGUUAUGUUACCGAUCAAGGUAAGAAGAUUACCAAAGAUUACGUUAAACAAUUAUUGAAUGAAGAAUAUAAAAAGUUAUCCGAUUCUGCUAAACCUGGUAAUAAAUUCAAACGUGCUUUGGAAUUCUUCACUCCUGAAGCCUUGGGUGAAAAAUACUCUGAUUUCGUUACUUCUUUGAUUUAUAACGAUGUUACUACUGUUGGUAGACCAACCGCUGCCAAUAAAUUGUAA